CAUCAAGAAUUUGCAUCUUUCACGAAAACCCACAUGCAAUAAUACAUGGUUGUUAAUAUUUUCAAGAACAUGUAUGCAUUGUCUCCUCCUCCAACACCAAGAAACCUUCUCUAUUCUCCAAGAUCUCUUCUUCUCUUAAGAAACCACGCAAUACCCAGUGUUAGAUAUAGCUUUUAUAGAGGUGAUUUUUACACUCCUCAAGUACCCAAUCCAAUCUUCAACAAUAAGAGAAGAAAUUGUGUUACCCUUUUGAAGGCCAGUCGUAGAGAAUCUCCUUAUCAAGUAUUAGGUGUUUCUCCUUCUGCAACUCCUGAUGAAAUUAAAAGGGCUUACAGGAAACUUGCUUUAAAAUAUCACCCUGAUGUUAAUAAGGAGGCAAAUGCACAGGAGAAAUUUAUGAGAAUUAAGCAUGCCUACACUACAUUGCUGGACUCUGAAUCUCGGAGGAAGAAUGAUGCUGGAAAAUCAUCUGGUUUUUCAUACUCCGACACGGAAAGAAGUCAAAGCGGGAAUACACAAAAUGAAGAAGAAUUUUACGGAUUUGGUGAUUUUUUGAGGGAUGUUCAAAUAACAAUAGGUAGGGACUUCUUUAGAGAUCUGCAAGAAGAAUUUCAGAAUUGGGAAGCGACUUCUUCAUCACAGGGGAAACCAAAGAGCCUAUGGGAGGAAUUAGCAGAAAUUGGAGAAGACUUUGUGGAAUUUCUGGAGAAAGAGCUUGACAUUACCAAUACAGAAGCUGAAGCAAAUGAUUUUGGAUCUCAAAAGGACAGUUCAUUUGCGAGUUCAGGGACAAAACGAACAGGAAAUGAUGUUCAAAACGAAGGUGGCAGGGGUAGCAGCAUUAAAGAUAACAUUGACGAGAUUGAAGCAACUCUGGCUAAGUUGAAAAAGGAAUUGGGAUUGUAGCAGUUAAAUGCAACACGGCAUUGAAGGGGAGGAUGAAGCAUCAGAAAUAAUUGCUUGCCAUUACUCUUAAACAGUCUGAAGAGUGACUUCUAAUGAAGCCUUAUCUUGCCAUUAAUCUUAUAUGGAUGGAACAUGGAAGGCAACUUCUGCUAGGUAUGAGGAUUGCAUGAUGGUAUUGAGAGUGCAGUUUUCAGCCUUUGGCCAUGGAAGACGUGAGCUUGUGGAUAUUUGUAGUUGUAGUUCUGUGGUAGGGAGGCAUGCAAGUCUGCAUCCCUGAAUUGGAUCACCUGCAGAUUUCACCAUUUCAAUAGAUAUAAAUCCACGAAAUCAUUUUAUUUC